AAGACCCAACCCACCUAUCAUUCUUUUGACUCUUUAAGAAUCUGAAGCACAAAACAUUUAGGUAAACUAUCUUUCUCAAUGAGAGACUCCUCACCAACUUCUACCAAAUCGUCACCGCUAUGGAAACCCUUUGCCUCAAACUGUUGCUCCGUCGAUGACCAAACGGUCUUGGGAAAUUUAAGCCGUUGCCGACCUUCGAAAUCAGAGUUCUCCAAGAACCAUCUCGGACCACUUCCUUCUUUCAGGCGUCUUUCCUUCGCUGAUAUAAGCCGUUCUUCUUCCGCUAGGAUCAACGAAGAUCUCGCAGAGGCUCUCGGAGCCGAUUUAGUGGAUUUUCAGAUGUGUGAGCUUAAAAUGAUCACGCAGUGCUUCUCUCGGAACUAUCUUCUCGGAGAAGGUGGGUUCGGUAAAGUUUAUAAAGGUUACAUCGAUGAGAAUCUCCGACAAAGCCUCAAGGCUCAGCCUGUCGCUGUCAAGCUACUGGACAUUGAAGGGCUUCAAGGACAUCGUGAAUGGCUUUCUGAGGUCAUACUACUUGGACAACUAAAGCACCCGAAUCUAGUCAAACUUAUCGGUUACUGCUGCGAGCAGGAAGAACGAGUCCUCAUCUACGAGUUCAUGUCACGUGGUAGCUUGGAAAACCACCUCUUCAAACGGAUUUCAAUAUCGCUGCCGUGGGCGACGAGGCUGAAAAUCGCUGUCGCUGCUGCUAAGGGUUUGGCCUUUUUGCAUGAUUUAGAGAGUCCAAUAAUAUACCGUGAUUUCAAGACUUCGAAUAUACUACUCGAUUCGGAUUUUACUGCGAAACUAUCAGAUUUUGGUUUGGCAACAAUGGGACCAGAGGGAUCCAAAUCUCAUGUCACAACUCGAGUCAUGGGCACGUAUGGUUAUGCUGCUCCUGAAUAUGUUUCAACAGGGCAUUUAACGACAAAGAGCGACGUGUAUAGUUACGGAGUCGUGUUACUCGAGCUCCUAACGGGGAGAAGAGCCACCGAAAAGUCACGGCCAAAAAACCAGCAGAACAUCAUCGAUUGGGCAAAGCCUUACCUAACCAGCAGCCGUCGUCUUCGAUGCGUUAUGGACCAGAGGCUCGCUGGUCAAUACUCUGUCAAGGCGGCUAAGGAUACCGCUCUUCUCGCCUUACAGUGCGUGAGCCCUCACCCUAAGGAUCGCCCUAAGAUGCUUGCCGUUGUGAAGGUUCUAGAGAGUCUCAUGCAUCAUAAGGACAUGGCCGUUUCCUCUGGCCACUGGCCACCGUCUCCUAGGUCGCCUAAGGUUAGAGGAAAUAGUGAGAACGAUAGAAAAUCAGCCCCGGUUCACUAAGGUCUUGAAUACAGGAUUGAAGAAAUUCAAUAAUGAUUGUGUCUUUUGUGUGUAUAUGUGGCUACAAAAUAUCUAAGUGUGUAAUAUAAUGAAAAAAUUAUGAGUAAAGACCAUGUUUGAGUCCUUCCACCUUGGUUGGAAUUAUUGUUAACCAUUGUC